AUUUCAUUGGAGGCGUGUGUCCCCCCCCGCCAUUGUCAUUCUGCUGGGGGACCUCAACGUGGGACCGGCUUUAUGAAUGGGAUGCUAAGGUUCCCGUGCUGACUGUUGAGGAUUGUUCAUCCAGGAUUUUUGACCGUCCCGCGAGCUAAAAAGGAGAAAAAAAAUCCGCCGUCAUGCCCAUCCUAAAGCAGCUGGUGUCCGGCUCCUCCCAGAAGAACCGGCGCUCCCGCACCGACCUGACCCGGGAGAUGAUCAGCGCGCCGCUGGGCGACUUCCGCCACACCAUGCACGUGGGCCGCAGCGGCGACGCUUUCGGCGACACCUCCUUCCUCAGCACGCGCUCGGGCGAACCCCCCGCCCAGACCGCCUCCUUCCCCAGCUCCCCUCGGCCGGGCCUCCUGUCGCGCACUUUCCGCAGCAGCAAGCGCUCGCAGUCCACCACCCGAGUGGACCAGCAGCGAGAGCACCCCCUGGUGGUCUCCGGAGGCUCUCCCACUUACGUGAAAAACGCCAUGUCUUUGCCCUUCCUCAACGACGAGGACAGAGCCGACGGCGUGGCGGCCAAGAGUCUCUCCCCGAGUCCUUUAAAGCAGCUCAGCGAAGGCGAUGGCGGGGACGCCGCGGCCACCGGAACGUACUUCCUGGAGCUGGAGGAGCGCCGCUUCGGGGAACCCGGCGAGCUCCCCGAGAAGUGGAGCCCCCCCGGAAGCGGAAUGAAGCACGCCGAGUCGGUCAUGUCCUUCCACCUGGACCUGGGCCCGUCCAUGCUGGGGGACAUCCUGGGCGUGAUGGAAAAGGAGGACGACGACCUCGGCUACGAGGAAGGCAAGAGCAGCGAGGGCCGCGCCUCCCCGCCACUCGGCGCCCACGGAGAAGAAGAAGACGACGCCGGGAGGACGGCGGCGGUGGCGAAAGUGCCUCAGAGCAGCGAAACCGAGGCGUCCUACACCCCCCAGUACACCCCGGAGGUCCUCCCCAAACACUUGCAGCACCUGGACAGCUGCUCCGUGUCCAGCUCGGGCUCGGCGGCCCUGGACGAGAAGGCUCGGGCGUACGCGGCCGACACGGACAGCGCCACCUUCAGCGCUCCGCCGGAAGAGGAGAGCCACUUCUCGUCUUUCUUAGACGACGACGACGACGAAGAUGAUGAGAUCCGCGUAUGAGAAACUCUGGAAUGUUGUUUACGUAAGCAAGUAGCACCCCCUGAGAGUGGAGUUGGAUUGUGGGAAUCGCGAGGAAUUCAUUUCUUCUCGCUCAUUGAAUAUGGAACAUUCCAGAAGAGGGCCACCGAGGACCGCUUGGAACGGAAAAGUUUUUUUUCUUCCCAGCAUCUCAUUCCCCCACCCGCCCCCCCCCUCCUCCCCCUCCUCUCAUCACCACAGGACCGGCACUCGGGUAUCUCCUCCUCCAUCAGAAUAUAAAUGACGAGUGCCGCUGUGCUGCCGGGCUCCCGUGUCGCCGCUUCCUGUGGAAUUCUUCUGGUUUUUUUUCCUGCCCGCCAGCUGCACAUUUCUGACAGUAAACGAGAGCCUAAUGGUGGACGUUGAGCAUUAAGUGUAUAGCGAGAGCAAGCGCGGAAGGUUUGUCUUAAGGCCACAGUAUCCUAUUUCCUCAAAUCGAUGCCGUGUGCGUGACACCCAAACAUGAUCUGACAGACGGUGCUGUAGUUUUGGUUAGCAACAGCGUUUAAAUCCGUCCGUGUGUGAAUAAUAGCUUCCAUGGGCUGACUUUUUUUUUUUUUUUUUUUUUGUGAUGGAAAAUGGCAGCGGGCAGCACGGUGUUGGCGUGGUUCGUAUAUCUGCCUGACAGUUGAUUGGUUCUGGGUUUGAAUCUCGUUCAUGGUUUUCCAGGGCUUCUUGUGCAUUUUCUCUAAGUAAUAAGUACAAUUAAAAAAAAAUGUAAAAAAAAAAAAAAAAACUCAGUUUGUUGCCAAUAAAUACACAUGAUUGACAACAC